CCAACGGGCCCGCGCGCCAGCGCCUCGCGCGGUCCCGGCGCUUCCUUCCGGCCGCCAUUUUGUCGGCCGUGCCUCGCCGUGCCGCCGCUCGGGGAGGGAGCGCAGAGCACCCGCCCGCCGCACCCGGACCGACCGACCGCCCGCCAGCCACACCGACCGCCAUCGCCAUGUCCAAGCGCCACCGCCUCGAUCUGGGCGACGAUUACAGCUCCAGCAAGAAACGCACCACCGACGGGAAAGAUCGGGACCGGGACAGGGACCGAGAUGACCGUUCGAAAGAUCGUGAUAGGGAUCGUGACAGAGAUAGAGAUCGUGACAGAGAGAGGGACAAGGAAAAAGAUCUGCGACCUACAUCCAACUCUACGUAUUAUGCAGCUGCUGGCUUACCAGCUAUAAAACCAGCAAUGAUUCCACACAGUAUUAACCCUUUCACAAAUCUACCACAUACCCCACGAUAUUAUGAUAUCCUGAAAAAAAGGCUACAGCUUCCUGUCUGGGAAUAUAAGGAAAGAUUUACGGAUAUUUUGAUUAGGCAUCAGUCAUUUGUGCUGGUUGGAGAGACUGGGUCUGGUAAAACAACACAGAUCCCUCAGUGGUGUGUAGACUACAUGCGCUCGUUACCUGGCCCGAAGAGGGGAGUCGCGUGUACCCAGCCCCGGCGAGUGGCCGCAAUGAGCGUGGCACAGCGUGUUGCUGAUGAGAUGGAUGUCAUGCUGGGCCAGGAGGUUGGGUACUCCAUUCGGUUUGAAGAUUGCAGUAGUGCAAAAACCAUUUUGAAGUAUAUGACUGAUGGUAUGUUACUUCGUGAGGCGAUGAAUGAUCCUUUGCUGGAGCGCUAUGGUGUUAUAAUUCUUGAUGAGGCCCAUGAGAGAACACUGGCUACGGAUAUCUUGAUGGGAGUUUUGAAGGAGGUUGUAAGACAAAGAUCUGAUCUGAAGGUUAUAGUUAUGAGUGCUACUUUAGAUGCUGGCAAGUUUCAGAUCUAUUUUGAUAACUGUCCUCUUCUAACUAUCCCGGGUCGUACCCAUCCUGUGGAGAUAUUCUAUACUCCAGAACCCGAAAGGGACUACCUUGAGGCUGCCAUUCGAACAGUGAUACAAAUUCACAUGUGUGAAGAAGAAGAAGGAGAUCUCUUACUCUUUCUUACUGGACAGGAGGAGAUUGAUGAAGCCUGCAAGAGGAUAAAACGUGAAAUUGAUGACUUAGGUCCUGAAGUUGGUGACAUAAAAAUCAUUCCAUUGUAUUCCACCCUUCCUCCACAGCAACAGCAAAGAAUAUUUGAACCUCCCCCACCGAAAAAACAAAAUGGAGCAAUAGGAAGAAAGGUUGUGGUGUCCACUAACAUUGCUGAGACAUCAUUGACAAUAGAUGGCGUAGUGUUCGUGAUUGAUCCGGGCUUUGCAAAACAGAAGGUGUACAAUCCUCGUAUCAGAGUGGAGUCUCUGUUGGUGACUGCAAUCAGUAAAGCGUCUGCCCAGCAGCGAGCUGGCCGUGCUGGUCGUACUCGACCAGGCAAGUGCUUCAGGCUUUAUACAGAGAAAGCAUACAAAACUGAAAUGCAGGACAACACAUACCCUGAAAUUUUGAGGUCUAACUUAGGAUCUGUAGUAUUACAGCUCAAGAAGCUUGGUAUAGAUGAUUUGGUGCACUUUGAUUUUAUGGAUCCACCAGCUCCUGAAACUCUGAUGAGAGCCUUAGAGCUUUUAAAUUAUCUGGCUGCUUUAAAUGAUGAUGGAGACUUGACUGAGUUGGGAUCCAUGAUGGCUGAAUUUCCAUUGGAUCCACAGCUGGCUAAAAUGGUCAUUGCGAGCUGUGACUACAACUGUUCUAAUGAGGUCCUAUCUAUUACUGCCAUGUUGUCAGUCCCACAGUGUUUUGUUCGCCCCACGGAAGCAAAGAAAGCAGCAGAUGAAGCCAAGAUGAGGUUUGCCCACAUAGAUGGAGAUCAUUUGACGUUGCUGAAUGUCUACCAUGCUUUCAAGCAAAAUCAUGAGUCAGUUCAGUGGUGUUACGACAACUUCAUUAACUACAGGUCCCUGAUGUCUGCAGACAAUGUACGCCAACAGCUGUCACGAAUCAUGGAUAGAUUUAAUUUGCCUCGUAGAAGCACAGAUUUUACCAGUCGAGACUAUUACAUCAACAUAAGAAAGGCAUUAGUUACUGGGUAUUUCAUGCAGGUGGCACAUUUGGAGCGAACAGGGCAUUACUUAACAGUGAAAGAUAACCAGGUGGUGCAGUUGCAUCCCUCCACUGUUCUUGAUCACAAACCAGAAUGGGUGCUGUAUAAUGAGUUUGUCCUUACAACGAAGAAUUACAUCCGGACAUGUACAGACAUCAAGCCAGAAUGGCUGGUGAAAAUUGCCCCUCAAUAUUAUGACAUGAGCAAUUUUCCACAGUGUGAAGCAAAGAGACAGUUGGAUCGCAUCAUUGCCAAACUUCAGUCCAAGGAAUACUCACAGUACUGAAUUUAUGCUUUGAACUGAAGUUAUUCAGAGGACAGCUUUAAGAGAUGAAAGGAUUCAAAAUUCAAGUUGUGCUCUUCACUUUGGUUCAAUAAUGGCCUUUAUUUGAAAGCUUUUUAAUUUUUCUUUACAGUAAAUAUUCCAUUCUGAUUUCAUAAAUUAAACAUUUAUGCCUCCCUUUUGUGUUGACACUGUAGCUCAUACUGGAAAAGCUAAUCAAUGUUUUGCAGUUUAUUGAAAGUAGUUCUAUAUAUAACAAUGUUAUAAGCAUUUCUUUAGAAAUGGUUGAAAAUGCUUCUAAAUAUGUGAUUAUCGACCAUGGUAUGCAUGAUCGUUGUAAUUGUUGACAUUCCUUUUAGAAGUUGUGAAAUGUUACAACUUGUGCUUCUGUAGACACAAUCUUCGGCUUCAGUACAAGGGUACUGACUUCAAUAAAGUCUAUUUAUACUAAUUUUGUGCCACAGUA